AGUCAUUUGCACGCACGGCCGUUUUGGGUAUUUUAACCUUGGGAUAGAACUUGUGUUUCGAGAGCCGAGCUGCCGUCCCCAGCUCCAGGAAAGCUAGUCGGGCGAUGGGGCGGGCCCCGUCCGGACAUCACUGCCACAGCCCCACACCGAGAUUCUCCUCUCUGACCCCGCCUCCCCCUGACAGAGGGAGGCACCCCCGCCCCAGGAGCCCGCUGAGAGCAAGGGAAAGUGAAGUGAUGAAGCACAUUUGAUUUGGAGACAGAAGCCAGAAACUCCUCUGCCUUGCUGCGUGCCAGCUGUGUGAUCCCAGGCAAGUCCGUUUAUAGACAUUCCCGGGCCUUGGUCCUGUGUCCUGUUGUAUGGAAGAACAUGUAUAUGAAUGACAAGAGGUAUCUGUUGUGAAACUCCCAGGAGAAUGAGCCGUUUCUCUGAUCUGUCUGUGGCUCUGCAGUCCCCAAGGGACAGGAUUUUAAACCUUUAAAAUUCCACCAGCCACUGUGACACAAUCCUCAGCAGACAAGGAAAUGAGAAAAAUACCAAACAAUGGGAACCUGAGGAUGACGAAGGUGGCGUACCCGCUGGGGCUGUUCGUGUGCCUGUUCAUCUACGUCGCCUACAUCAAGUGGCACUGGGCCUCCGCCACCCAGGCCUUCCUCGGCAUCCCCGAGGUGGCCACGGGGGCCCGGAGGGGCCAGCAGUCCCGCAGUCCCCCGGGGACAGCUGCCCGCGGGCCUGAGCUCUUCUACGGCAUCAUGUUCGACGCGGGGAGCACUGGCACCCGAGUGCACGUCUUCCAGUUCAGCCGGCAGCCUGGAGAAACUCCCACCUUGACCCAUGAAACCUUCAAAGCACUGAAGCCAGGUCUUUCUGCUUAUGCUGACGACGUUGAUAAGAGCACCCCAGGAAUUCAGGAGUUACUGGACAUUGCUAAACAGGACAUACCCUUUGACUUCUGGAAGGCCACCCCCUUGGUCCUCAAGGCCACAGCUGGUUUACGUCUGUUACCAGGAGAAAAGGCUCAGAAGUUACUGCGAAAGGUGAAAGAAGUGUUUGAGGCGUCGCCAUUCCUCGUAGGGGACGACUGUGUUUCCAUCAUGAACGGGACGGACGAAGGUGUUUCUGCGUGGAUCACUGUGAACUUCCUAACAGGCAGUCUGAAGACCCCCGGGAGGAGCAACGUGGGCAUGCUGGACCUGGGCGGAGGGUCCACCCAGAUCACCUUCCUCCCGAGAUUCGAGGGCACCCUUCAGACCUCCCCGCCCGGCUUCCUCACGUCCCUCCAGAUGUUUAAUAGGACCUACAGGCUCUACUCCUACAGCUACCUGGGGCUCGGCCUGAUGUCGGCGCGGCUGGCGGUUCUAGGCGGCGAGGAGGGAAAGCCUGCUGAGGAUGGAGCAGAGUUGGUCAGCCCUUGUUUGUCUCCUGGUUUCAGAGGAGAGUGGGAGCACGCUGAAGUAACGUACAGGGUUUCGGGACAGGAGGCAGCGGGGAACCUCUACCAGCUGUGUGCCCGCCGAGUGUCCGAGAUCCUCCGAAACAAAGUGCACAGGACGGAGGAAGUGAAGGACGUGGAUUUUUAUGCCUUUUCCUACUAUUAUGACCUUGCUGCAAAUGUGGGCCUCAUAGAUGCAGAGAAGGGAGGCAGCCUCGUGGUUGGAGACUUCGAGACUGCGGCCAAGUACGUGUGCCGGACGGCGGAGACCCAGCCGCCGCGCAGCCCCUUCCUGUGCCUGGAUCUCACCUACGUCAGCUCGCUGCUCCAAGGGCUCGGCUUCCCGGGGGACAAAGUGCUGAAGUUGACCCGGAGGAUUGACAACGUGGAGACCAGCUGGGCUCUGGGGGCCACUUUUCAUUACAUCGACUCCCUGAGCCGACAGAAGAGCCCCACCUUGUAGCAGCCCAGCUGCCGGCCGUCCCCGUAGAAGCACUGUCUCUGCGAGAACAGGCCCCUUUGGGACCCCCAGUGUGCGGGGAGGGGGUCACGGCAGAGGCUGAGACCCUCCUCCCCGUGACCUCACAGACCGGCCCCUGGACGUGCUGGAACACGGCCCAGGCCUUGGCUCCCGGUGGGCAGUGACCAGACAGGGUAAAGGGCACAGGCCGAGGCCAGGGUGGCACAGCUGCUGUCCCCACCGUCCCAUCGCAGGGCUGGGGCGGCUGGGGCACACGUCCUGUGACGGGAGUCUUGCUUUGUCCCACUGCCCCCAGCGAGAGCCCCCUGGGCUGGCGGGCCAGGCAUCUCCUGCGUGGGUGUGGACUGUGACAUCAUCCCGACGCCGCUUCCUUGGGUCCUCGGGUGGCUCAGGGUUAGCUGGCGGGUUGGCGCUGAGACUGGAAAGAGGGGCUGGAGGAAAUGCCUCUUUGUGGCCCGUGUACCCCGGCUUCUCAAAGCGGUCUAAACGUGAGCGUGAGCUGCUGUGAGGUAUCUGUGUCGGUGAGUGAGUGAUGUCUGUGUGGUACUGAGUGCUCGUGUAGCAGCUGUGUUCUGAGCCCAGUGGAUGUAUCGCUGCCCUGAGCCAUUUGCAGCCAAGCGGUGUCAGUCGGGCUGAAGCCCCAGAUGCACCCUCUCACGGCCCGUCCCCGCAGGCUCGCAGGAUGCUGGCUGAGCUGUGCACAGGAUGCUUCGUGUCCCAGGCCCGCAGCCGUUCCUGUGGCAUAUGCACAGUUCACGGAAUAAGCUGAACCUCAUGGGUUCCACUUGAAAUAAAGGGUUUUCCAGGGUUUCUGCUCCUUGGAUUCCUCUCGGUGAGCGCCAGCCGUGUCCCUCCACCCCAGGUGUCGGGCACCUGAGGUCCCUGUUCACCAAAGUUUAAACAAAAACCUGCCCAAGUGGGUGACAUGUGAUGGCAGGAUUAAAUCCUGUCGGUACAUCCUGGGGAGACAACAGCAGAAGGACACACAGAAGCCCCCGUCGGGCCCUCCUGGCGUCCCCUGUCCGGGACUGGCCCUGUGGAGGCCCAGGCUGUUCCGGGGUCUGGCAGGGCAGAGCCCCCUUGACUGUGACUCGUGGCACUGCCGGGUGAGGAUCCGGGCUCAUCACCUCCGGCGGCCGUAGGGUCUGGAGCGAGCACCGAGCUCCAGGUUGCAGUGUGUUCAGCAAGGAUCUGGCUUUAAUCCAGGACAGUCAGAAGGGGGUCACGGGCCAGACAAAGACUGGACAGACCCCUCCCAGGGCUGCAGCGGGUCCAGAGUGACGUGACUGCUGAAUAAGCCCAUGUGUUAGGCCUGUGGGGACGGAGCCCUGACCCCCGAGUGGGCAGGGCCGGGAGAGGGAUGCAAGUGUACAACCUGAGAAGCACUGAGCCUGCAGGACAGCCACACGGGGAGUCCCCACCCCGUCCUGGGUGUCCUGACCCAGUCUGGGUCGGGGCGUCGCCACAACCCCAACUCUAGAGGGCUGGAGGGAGGCCACCAGGAUGUAAACACUGGAAACUGGAGCCAGCUGUCCUCUGCCCGGUGGUUUGCCUGAAGUAUCAGUACUGGGGUAGGGGGCAGAGGUCUGCAUGCGACACAGCAGGAAAAGACAGAGCAGGAAGAUGCUUCCCCCAGACAGAAAGCCACGUCAGCACUAAAGCUCCAGGCUCUACUUGACAAGGACAUGAAAACCAGCUCCCCUCCACCCAGUACCCCCGCCUUGGUGGGCCUCCCAGCCCCUUCCUUCCAUGAUACCUAACGGUUUAGAUACUUAAUGGACUCCAGAGGCAAGGAAUCAAAAAUGCAUGAAGGCAGAAGUGAAAAUUGAUUUGGUCUGUUUAUAGGUUGGUGAUCUCACAUCUGAAAAAAUAAACAACUGGACGUUUCCCAAGAGAUUCCCAAAUAAGUCAUGGAAUGUUUUUGAGCUGAGCAGAAUAUGCAAGUCAUUCACUGAGUGUCUUUGUGAUAAUGAAGUAGGCUCUUGUUUUUUAAAAAUAGCCACACGUGCACAUCCCAACACGUUGUGAGUGAUGCACACGCGUGGGCAAGAGGCUCCCACCCACGUGCCCUGCCCGUGUGUCCCGCACCCCACCUUCCCGCCCUCACUCAGAACAGCCGCCCUGUCUGGAUAACAACCCCACGGUGUCCAGCUGUUUGCAGUCCCACACCCGUGUGCGUGAGCUGGCCUGACAUUGCGGACCCAACUGCAGGAACGUGCUUUAUUUUGUCUUAGGGUGCUUCUUAGAAGGGUAUUUUAAUAAGGAAUUUAAAAUCUAAAUUAAAUUGCAGCUUAAGCUGAAUGAUGUUGGAGAGCCUUGGAUCAACAUAAAUUAGAAAAUAAUGGAAUUAAACUGAUUUUUACUCCCUAAUAUGAAAUGUACCCUCUCGAUACUCAGAAUAGUUCAACCUACUUCCUGUUUGUCUUCACGGGGUUAAGUAUCUUGAGAAAAUAGAAAAUGUGCCGGGAGCUCUGUGUCUUAGGUGACUCACUGAGGCGUCCCACUGGGAGACCCUGCCCUGACUUCUGGGGUCCAGUUCCGAGAGGGUGUUGUGUGGAGCUGGGGUCUAUUUUCCCUGCCCUCCUGGAGGAGGUGGACGAGUCUUAAGGGUGAUAUAAAUGGAGUGGUUGAAGGGGUGGCCUUGCUGAUCUAGGGAACCGCUGGAGGUGACAAGCACCUGUGAAGAUCGGGGCCCUGGUGGGAGCAAAGUCCUUUUAAGAAGCAACACUUUUCCAGAAGACAGAGUUGUGAGACCCCUGGAGGAGUUUCGGGAAGGACUUCACUUGAAAUACCCGCAAGGGUUUGCCUGCUGCUGUUAUGCCACCUCAUGCAGAACGGGAGCGGAUUCCCCAGGCAAGACACGACAUCAUGUCUUGAACUGUUCUUUUCUUAAUUGAGGUACAAUUGACAUAUAACAUUGUAUCAGUUUAGGUGUACAACAUAAUGAUUCCACAUUUGUAUAUGUUGUGACGUGAUCACUGAUAAGUCUAGUUAACAUCUGUCACCGUAAAGAGUUACAGAAUUUUUUUCUUGUG